AUGGCUACAGCCGCCUCGCAACAGUCCCCGUCUAUGGUGCGGCGUCAUUCUUCCAGCCGCAACCCUACAACAGCUUAUGCUCCUGUGUCGCCUGCACAACCAUCCAGGACACGUUCUACAAACCAGAGACCAAGCCACAGUCGAUCGGAGUCACGCUCCUACGAAACCCCUCCUCCGGCGAACCCUACGGUGCUUGCCAAUGUUGCUCGCCGCGACUUGGAACAGGGUAACAUGGCACGAACUCCCUCGUCACGCCGGAGUUCUCGCGAAGGGCGAGGAGAACAUGAGACAGAGUCCGCAUCACAUGGGAGAACAUCCUCUCGUCCAGGAUCGCGACGUGGUAGUCAGGAUUUAACAGCGCCGACCACAGUGAUAACAAACGGAAUGACGGCUCAUCCUCCACCCACGCCUUCUUCGCAGGCUGAGAGAACGGCUCCUCCCAUUUAUCCUAGUGUCGGUCGCAGACGAACAUCCAUCACUGCGCAAACGGGUACUUGGACGCUGGGCAAGACAAUUGGCCAAGGCAGCAUGGGAAAGGUCAAGCUUGCCAAGAACAUAGAGACGGGAGAGACAGCAGCAAUCAAGAUCGUUCCGCGACAAACAGCCGAUGAUCAUGGACAUGCAAAGGAUGAACGCGCCGAUCGAUCCAAGGAGAUUCGAACGGCAAGAGAGGCUGCCAUGGUUUCUCUCCUUUCUCACCCUUAUAUUUGUGGCAUGAUCGACGUUCAGAGGACAAACUAUCACUGGUAUAUGCUCUUCGAGUAUGUCAACGGUGGGCAGAUGCUGGACUACAUUAUCGCUCACGGCAGACUCAAAGAAAAGCAAGCAAGGAAGUUUGCUCGUCAGAUUGCCAGCGCACUAGACUACUGUCACCGAAACAGUAUUGUCCACCGCGAUCUGAAGAUUGAAAACAUUCUUAUCAGCAAGACGGGCGACAUCAAAAUCAUUGAUUUCGGGCUGAGCAAUCUCUACUCGCCACGCUCCCUGCUCAAGACCUUUUGCGGAAGCUUGUAUUUCGCUGCCCCCGAGCUGCUGCAGGCCCGUCAAUAUACAGGCCCCGAGGUUGAUGUAUGGAGUUUUGGAAUUGUCCUGUACGUUCUUGUUUGCGGCAAGGUCCCAUUUGACGACCAGAGCAUGCCUCAAUUGCAUGCCAAGAUCAAGCGAGGCCUGGUUGACUAUCCCCAAUGGAUAACGGCCGAAUGCAAGAGCAUCAUUUCCCGAAUGCUUGUUGUCGAUCCCCGGGACCGGGCCAGCUUACAAGAAAUCAUGAACCAUCCGUGGAUGACAAAAGGAUUCAAUGGUCCUCCUGAUAAUUAUCUCCCACAUAGAGAGCCGCUCCAAUUGCCGCUCGACCCUGAGGUGAUUGACAAAAUGCAAGGAUUUGAUUUCGGCUCGUCAGCUUAUAUCACGGAGCAAUUGACCCGCAUCAUUGAAUCAGAAGAGUACCAGAAUGCUGUCCGCAGAUCUACCAAGGAAGAGUUUAGCCAUACCUCGACCAACAGUGAGAAAAAGCGCGGAGUUUUCGACUUCUACAAACGACGAAAUUCGAUAAGCAGAGAAGGAUUGUCAACUCCGUCCACUGAAGCUAUCAGGGGUUAUGAUCCCCUCAAUGCCUACAGUCCACUAAUUUCGAUCUACUACUUGGCCCGAGAGAAGCGUGAUCGAGAACGGAGAGAGCAGAAUCCGGGUGCUUUGGUCAUGCCUGUCACUCCGGGAGAUGCGCCACUCAAGCUCCCUGGGCUGCCACCACCGGAGGCAGCUCAUACUAACACAUUUGCACCAGAAAUGCCUGGCGAAAAGGCUACAGGUGGUCGGGCGCGGCCACGGGCUCGGACUAACGGUGAAGAUGACGUGGUGCAUGCUAUGAAGAACCUGGAAUUGCCUGAAAGAAAGGCUGACUCGAGUACCACUUCACCGACAGCGAUUCCACCUCCCGACCAGCCAGCGAAGAGAGAAGGGACGGCCAUAGGCCUCCUUCGAAGAUUCAGCACCCGGCGCUAUCGUGAACGCGAUGUAGAACGACCGCAACCACCGCCAGCUCUCAACAUCCAGCCGCCUCAAGAUUCAGCAGCACCCCCGAGGAAGUCGUUUUCUGUUCGACGUGCUCGGAGAAGAGAGCCAAGCCCGACUACGCACCAUGCCGGUGGAAGCCAACCCCAGCAUGAAGGCCUGCUUAGUGCAAGCGGCGGGCUCUCCAAAGCUGGGAAGUUCCUGGGACGAUCCACCAGCGUUAACUCGGCGGACUACCGGCCACGACGGCUUUUGCAUCGUGGCGCUUCGGGCAAUGAAUCGCCGUCGCUUGCUCCUGAGCCGCCACCCACCAGUGGGUCGGAUCAAUCAAGUGUCAAUGCGGCAAAGGCCGGUCGGGGCGUUGAGCUUACCGACAGGCCUGCUGCAAACGCCAGCCCGCUCGUGACGCCGCGCACGCCAACCGCCAGUCGGGCGAAAUCUCUUGGUCACGCCCGGCAGGAGAGCAUCCAGGCUCGGCGAAGACGCCAUGAGGAACGACGAGACCGACAAGCAAACGUUCCUGAGGAGACGGAUGCGGACAUCCAAGACGAGCCGGAUAACCUUGACACACCCGCUCUUCCCGACACUCCUGGCACCGAGAUUGCCAAACCAGCCUCUCUGAAAGGGUUGUUCUCAACUGCCACCACGAGCAGUAAGCCUCCAGAAUUUAUUAGACACGAUAUCAUCCGAGUCUUGAAUCAGCUUGGUGUACAGUACACGGUGAUCAAAGGAGGAUUCUCCUGUAGACAUGCACCCAGCAUCAAUCUGGAGGGGAUCAACGAGCCCAGUGCUGGCCUGGACGAGAAGAGCGGUAGGGGAGCAUCAGGGCACCAGAGAAGAAUCUCUUUCGGGGCCGCAUUCCGCGGAAAAGACAAAGACGACGUAAGAGACGACCGACUCAGCCGUCAUCAUACGAGGAGGAGACAACCGGACCAGAGUUUCGUGACGAACUCCGAGGGAUCGGAAGAAUACUUGCAACAGGUACGCCACGCCGGCGACCAGACUCAAGAUGGCGGAGCGACACGAACGCGGGUCCAGGACGACACGGGUGAGAGACUCGUGCUCAGGUUUGAGAUCAGCAUUGUUAAGAUCCCCCUGCUGUCACUUCACGGCAUCCAGUUCAAGAAGGUGCAAGGUGGUAUGAAUCAAUAUCGAUCUAUGACAUCGGCAAUUCUCAACUCUUUGAGACUGUAA